AAAGGUCGCUGGCACGGUUCCGGAAGCCCUCUCCUAUGCAACGAGCGUCGGGACUCCAUUGAAUGGUGUUUUGGGCACGAAGAAGGAAGAAACGAGGUCGAGUCGGUGAGGACACAAUGACUCAAACUCUGAAGGAGGAUUCGUGUUGAGGGGACGGGGUCGUGAAAACUCUGCAAAUUGACGGCAAGGUAGGAGCUGGGAACGACGAAACCAAGAGGCGGCAGAAUCAGAGCGAUAUUGCCAUUCUGAGAUGGAUGGGACGUGUGGGUAAUGGGUAAUGAUCGCAGUCUGGGAUGCCACAUCCAACAUCUGGGAUUGGGGGUCAGGGAGGAGGUGACUUGAGAUGCUAACGGCUAGGAGAAGGUGGAAUGGGGGGGGGGCCGGUGGGAGGAGGGCGCCGAGGGUGUGGAAGCAAAAAAGGUCAGCCACGGAUGAAAGAAGAAGUUCGAAAGGGUUCUGGCGUUCUGGUGGCUCGGGGAAGGAAGCAGAGUUUAGAGAUCAGACCCUCCCAGGCGAAGGAGUACAGUAGUGCGGUGUCAAGGAGGGACGGAGACGGACGGAGGAAACCAGUUGAGGCUACAUACGAGACGAGGAGGUGGAGAGGAGAAGGAGGAGGACGGGGAACGAGAACUCCAGGAGAGAAGAGACCAUGGCUAGGACUAGCACUAGCACCAGGACCAGGAUGCGAAGAAAGGUUUGGCGGCGCUGUUUGCUUCCGCGUGCAAGCACCAUGCCGGUCCGUCUUCCUCGCGUGUGUACGACGACGCCAACAAAUGAUGAUCCCAGUCUCCCACCAGCUUUGCCCUUCCAUAUUCCCAGUCUGGGCGGUCCAGUACUGUACAGUAGUCUCGCUCCCCCAUCCCAUUCACCUCACGAACCAUUUCAGCGGGACUGUUGAACACAGAUGUGCAAACCCACCGUAGCAAAGGGCCUAGCUCCAGGCCAAACAUGCGCUGGAGAUGCACUGUGCGGCCACUAAUG